UAUAAAAACCCCUUACUGUGAAGGCUUCGUCAGACAGUCCUAAAUCGUGUGUUAGAAAUUGUGUUAACAAAAUGUUGAAAAAAUUUGUUUGCUUCUUUGUGCUGAUUAGUGUAAUCGGACUCAUCAGCGAAUGGCCAAGCGCCCAUGGAAAUGCUAUAUAUCCAAUAGGGUCUCCUGAAUAUUUCUCAGGAAAUUCGUUCGACUCUGAUAAAGAUUCAUUAAAAGCUGUUGGAGAUUCAUUGAAUUCUACUACAGAUUCAUUAGACUCUGCUAAAGAUGCAUUCGACGCAGCUGAAGAUUCAUUAGACCCUGCUGGAGAUUCAUUAAAAUCUGGUGAAGAUUCAUUAGACGCAGCUGGAGAUGCAUUAAGUCCUGCUGGAGAUUCAUUAAAUACUACUACAGAUUCAUUCGACGCUGCUGAAGAUGCAAUAGGCUCUGCUGGAGACCCAUUAGAUGCUGCUGGAGGUUCAUCAGAUUCUGUUGCAGGACCAUUAAAUUUUGGUGGAAAUCCAUUAGACUCUGAUGGAUAUUCAUUACGCUCUGCCAGAAAUUCAUUAAACUUUGCUAGAGAUUCAUUGGACUCUUAUUCAGAUUCAUUUGGCUCUGAUUCAUAUUCAUUAGACUCUGCUAGAGAUUCAUUAAACUCUGCUAGAAAUUCAUUACACGCUGUUAGAAAUUCAUUAAACUUUGGUAGAAAUUCAUUAGACCCCUAUUCAGAUUUGUUAGACUCUUAUUCAGCUUCAUUAGAAUCUAAUUCAGAUUCAUUAUACUCUGGCAGAAAUUCAUUAAACUUUGCUAGAGAUUCAUUGGACUCUUAUUCAGAUUCAUUUGGCUCUGAUUCAUAUUCAUUAGACUCUGCUAGAGAUUCAUUAAACUCUGCUAGAAAUUCAUUACGCCCUGUUGGAAAUUCAUUAAACUUUGCAAGAGAUUCAUUAGACUCUUAUUCAGAUUCGUUAGACUCUUAUUCAGACUCAUUAGGCUCUGAUUCAGGUUCAUGUGGCUCUGAUUCAGAUUCAUUAUACUCUGGCAGAAAUUCAUUAAACUUUGCUAGAGAUUCAUUAGACUCUUAUUCAGAUUCGUUAGACUCUUAUUCAGACUCAUUAGGCUCUGAUUCAGGUUCAUGUGGCUCUGAUUCAGAUUCAGUAUACUCUGCCCGAAAUUCAUUAAACUUUGCUAGAGAUUCAUUAGACUCUGCUGAAGAUGCAAUAGGCUCUGCUGGAUACCCAUUAGAUGCUGCUGGAGAUUCAUCAGAUUCUGUUGCAGGAUCAUUAAAUUUUGGUGGAAAUCCAUUAGACUCUGCUAGAGAUUCAUUAUACUCUGUUAAAAAUUCUUUACGCUAUGCUAGAAAUUCAUUAAACUCUUUUUCAGAUUCAUUUGAGUCUGAUUCAGAUUCAUUUGAGUCUGAUUCAGAUUCAUUUGCCUCUGAUUCGGAUUAAAUAGAUUCUUCCGAAUCACUCUCUGUUGAUGACAGAUAUGAAAUGAAUUAAAACUUAGAGAAGACAAUUGUAAAUCAAAAUAUUGACUUUGAAUGUAAAUAUAAUAUUCUUACCAGAGUAA